AUGAAUACACCAUCAGGGAUAAACUAUUUAAAAAAUGGCAAUACUUUUUUAAACUCUAUUUACGGUUCAACAAAUAAUUCUUUCAUUCAUUCAGAUCAAACAAUAAUUGAUUCUUAUAUGAAACCAAAUAGUCUAUCAAAAUCGGUUCAACGUUUUUGUGAUUUUCAUGAAUUUAAUAAUCCUAAAGGAUAUUUUAAUGUUUCUAAUAAUUAUCUAUUAAAUAAUAAUAAUAAUAAUAAUAAUAAUAAUAAUAAUAAUAAUAAUAAUAAUAAUCAUUCAAUUGAACAUAGAAAUUCCUUAACAUCCAUGGUUAAAAGUGUAAUAAUGAAUGUACCAAAUGAUAAUUUAUGCCUUUUAACAACCAAUGAGGAUAAUCAAUUAAAAAAUAAUAUUAAUAAAUGGGAAAUUGAUUGUAAUUAUAAUUUAAAGGAUUAUCAUAAUAAAACUGAUUCAAUAUACAAUUAUAAAACAACAAUAACCAAUGAUCAUAUCGGUCAAUCUAGAAGAAAAUCAAGGAAACCUUAUUCAAGAAAUCAAAUAAUGAUAUUAGAAAAAGAAUAUGCAUUAAUGCCAUAUGUUACUCGUCAAAGAAGGUGGGAAAUUUCCAAUAAAUUACAAUUAAGUGAAAGACAAGUAAAAGUAUGGUUUCAAAAUCGUAGAAUGAAAACAAAAAAAUCGAAAACUCUAUCAUAUUCCAACGAUGAAAAAACUUUACAACAAAAUGAUGACAAUAGUAAAAUGAAUUUUAGUGAACUACAAUAUUCAACGUUAUUUGAUAAACAAAAAUUUAUCAAAACAACUAAUCAAUGGAAUGAUAAUAUCUCUACAAAUUCUGUUACAUCAUGUAUCCUUGAUUAUGAUUCUUUUGUUAAUAUUACUUAA